AUUGGUUCGAUGUAUUCUUCCGGCGGCUUCUCAAAUGAUCAUACUUUGGAUCCUCAAAACAUUCAUAUGGACGCGGUGUGCUCCAUCUCCUCUCCCUCCUUAUAUUAACCAUCCUUGCCCGUCUUUUCUUCAUCUUAUUCAUUGUUUCUUGGCCGAGGGGUUGUCAUAUCUUCUUGUAUCGAAGUAGAUCAAUUUUCUUCUUCUGAAUUAUUUUUGUCUUUGGUUUCUGCCCUCAAAUCUUCUCUCUUUGGAGACAACCAAAGUACAGGACAAGCAUAGAAGCAUGGCAGAACGAGAGGGGAACAAUGUCAGCAAAAGUUCUCCCCCAAGAGCACCAGCAUUUGUGGGAUUGGAUGCUAUCCGUAGCCGUCGAAAGGGAACAGGAGAGAAGAACUGCUGCGCUGCUGUGGGUUCGAGAAGGGAUUUCUGGGACCGGCUUUUCACCGAAGGCUACAGAGCUGAUGUUCUGGUCCAAACCAAUCGCGGCAUCAUCCCUGCCCAUGCUAAUGUUCUUGGAAUGGCUUCUCCGGUGCUCAAAAGCGUGUUAAAUAAUUCAAAGGGCCGCAGGAAAUCAAUCUCUAUUCGUGGUGUUCCCCACGAUGCGGUCCGGGUGUUCAUUCGCUACCUCUACACUUCAUGGCAGGAAGAGAUGGAUCAGUUUGUCAUUUCUUUGCUGGUGCUGUCGCACUGCUUUUUGAUCACCUCACUGAAGCAGGAAUGCGUGCAGAAGAUGGAGAAGGGAUUUCUGACCACGGAGAACGUGAUUGAUGUAUUGCAGCUGGCACGGCUCUGCGAUGCUCCCCGUCUUUGCCUUCUUUGCUGCCGCUUCAUUGCAAAGAGCAUUGACGCCGUGUCUGCAUCCGAGGGAUGGAAGGUGAUGAGGAAGAGCAAUCCAGAGUUAGCAAAGGAAACUGUGAAGGCCAUCAAACAUGAUGAAUUGAGAAAGAAGGAAAGGUUGAAGAAAUUGGAGGAGAGGAAGAUAUAUAUACAGCUGCACAGGGCAAUGGAAGCCUUCAUUCACAUCUGCAGAGAUGGGUGUCGAACAAUUGGUCCAAUUGACAAGGUCCUUAAAGGAAGUGAUGCCCCUUGCAAUUUCCCUGCUUGCAAGGGGCUUGAGUCCCUUGUUCGCCAUUUUGCAGGGUGCAAGAACAGAGUUCUUGGUGGUUGCUCUCAUUGUAAGAGAAUGUGGCAGCUGCUCGAACUCCAUGCGAGCUUGUGUGACCAAACGGACGAGUGCAGGGUUCCCUUGUGCAAGCAACUUAAGGAGAAGAUGCAGUACCGAAAGAAGAAGGAUGACAUAAUGUGGAAUAUGUUGGUAAGCAAAGUACUCGAGGCAAGGAUCUUUUCUGGUGCACCCUUUCUCUAGUCUGUCCUUGAGAGUUCCCUCCCAGAUGUGGAGUCCUCUUCUCAGAAGUUUGUAAUUGUAUAUAUUAUGUAACAAAGAUUUCAUCGGUGUGUCAAUUUGAAAUAGCAUCUAUUCUGUAAUUUUUCACUUGUCGAAGCUAAUAUUUGAGCAUCCAAUCUUAAAUUCAUGAAGCAGCCUGCGAUUUCUAUAAGUUCUGUUCACCUGACAAUUUGAAUGAUUUGUGAGUCUGCGUGGAUUCACGAUCUCAUAGAAACAGAUCAAUUAUUAAGUUCGAAUUUAGUCAUUCAUUUUACUCAAAAAAUUUAGUCAUUCAUCUGUUAGUAUGAACUUGAUAUGGACUCACUAGUGAGUGAAGCUAAGAUCCAUGUAUCACAUUAUGUAUCACAUUUGGCUAUGUAGGAACAGCUGUAUCUUUGAGGGUGUGCAUCAGAUUUCCAUUGUUACUAUUCUCAAAGCCCAGAUUUAGGCCUCUGAAUUCAUCCAUGCAAAUGCCUAUGGAAGAUUAUGAUAGUGAGGGAAAUCUGGAGUUCCCAUUCAAAUAGUCUCUACGCAUCUUGAGAUGGUCUUCAUAACUUAGAAGCCUUCACCUCAUAGCUUCCUCAAAAUCAACUUCGAUGACGGCAGGAUUCAUCAUUCACGACCAUAGCUCCUCUUUAGUGGCGGUGAGGGGAUGUCGCCGCCUUCAUGGCACAACGGUCCCUUAGCUGAGCUGAGAGAGACAUGGAAACAUCUUGCUUUUGCAAUUUUGGUCCUUAAGCCUUCCAAUAUUGUGCUUGAAGGAGACACUAAGACAGUAGUUAGCUGGCUAUCUAAGCCAAUCGAUAUGAAUGAUACGUCUCACCUUGUUUUGGUAGAUAGUAGAGAGAUGAUAUCUACGGUGUCCGAUUUCAGUGUCAUUAACAUCUAUAAAGAAGCAAACAGUAGUGUUGUAGACUAUAGCUUCACUUGUAUCUCAUCACACCAAUAACAUGCUUCGAAGAUGUUAUGCUCCAGCUUGUUGGAAUAUUUCAAAAUUCCAAGUUUGCCCUUCUUUGUCUUUU